AGAAAAUUGAAGGCGUCUUAACGCCCCCGUUGCUCAAGUGUGAUAUUUAAAGCUCGCAUAUGAUAUUUUGGUCAGAGUCGAGCUUCAGCCACAAAAUCGUAAACUCCUUGGAUUAAUUCUCACGUUCAUUUUAAAAAUGUCAACGGUUCCGCUAAUGUAUCGCGACUGGUGGGACGAUUUGGACAGACCCAACAGACUGUUGGAUCAGUAUUUUGGCAGCGGUCUUAAUCGAGAUGAUCUUUUCUCGUCAUUUUCCAAUUUGGGUUUAAUGAGACCGCGCUCGGUGAUUGGAAACACGUCCUAUUAUCGACCCUGGAGAACCGUGGCUCGUCAGACUUCCGGAGGUGCAAGCACCAUUCAGACUGACAAAGAUAGAUUCCAGGUGAUCUUGGAUGUUCAGCAAUUCUCUCCGGAGGAGAUCACGGUGAAGACUCGGGACAAUUUUGUUAUUGUUGAGGCCAAACACGAGGAGAAGCAGGAUGAACACGGAUUUAUCAGCAGACACUUUAUCAGGAGAUACGUUCUGCCAACGACCCACGAUGUGAUGCAGAUCACCUCUAGCCUUUCCUCGGACGGUGUUUUAACAAUAUCCGCACCCCAAAAGACAGUGACACCCACUGGAACGGAAAGGCUCAUCGACAUUGUGAAAACAGGCACACCGGCAGAGAAAAAAGAAGAAAAACAAGAACAAAAGCGAGAAGAAACAAAAAUUACGACCGAAUUCACAUAAAUCUUGGAAAAAACCAAAAAUAUAUUUAUAAACUUUUUACUAUACGUACGUUUUACACAAAAAAUAAUAUUAUUAAAAUUUAUUAAACUCGAAUUAUUUUUACGCAGAAAAUUAAAGUUGCAAUGUAAUAUGUUAUGCAAUACACUGUAAUUGAAUUUUGAA